AUGGGCAUUCCGAUGAACGACAUCCAUACUCCUACGGUGCCUGCUGGGCCCGUUUCGGGUGCAGGCUCUACAAGCACGGAUCUCUCAAAGGCGGGUCUGACGCAGCUCUUUGAUGAAAAGGAGAAGCUAGAGGCAGAGUUGAAAAUACUUAGCGACGUGCUCGUAUCUCAUGGCGUUGACAUGAACACGAAUCUUCUUACUGAAGACGGCUUUCCAAGGGCAGAUCUGGAUAUUGCACAAAUUCGGACUACGAGAGCGCGGAUAAUACGUUUACGAAAUGAUUAUAAGGCCGUCAUGCUGAAAGUUGAAGAUGGAUUAGCUGCGUAUUUUGCUAGCACAAAAGAUAAAGACGGGAAUAUUUCCGCUACUCCGUCUAUCCGGCCCUCAGCAACAUCUCGAAAUGUAGAGGGAGUUCCUACAGCCCAGGUGGACACUCUCGACAUGCCAUUUGCCAAGGUCAACAGUGUGGCGGACGGGAGUCCUGCAGCCAAAGCUGGCCUGAAGGCUGGAGACAAGGUCUGCAACUUUGGUAACAUAACCUGGGCUAACCAUGAAAACCUGACGAAGAUUGCAGCCGUUGUCACAAAUAACGUAGAGCUUCCUAUCCUUGUCAAAAUAAUGAGAGAUUCCGAUGGAGAAAACUCGCCACUUACCUUGCGGCUCACUCCAAGUCACAGCUGGGGCGGUCGGGGGCUGUUGGGUUGUCAUUUAGUGCCAUUGUGA